ACAAGAAAAGAAUCAGAAAAAAUAAAGUCCAUCAUACAGGUAUUAACUAUUUUCAAUUUUGCUUUUUCGAGUGACACAAUUUUCAAGUGGUAAACUUGUGAUAUUAGUCAACUGUGACUGUAAUAAUUGUGUAUUUAGUUAGGACACUUUUCUUUCCUGAAAUGGUUUGAAAAGUUAGUCACAGGCACUUUAUGCAGCUGGUGCUGUUUCUAACCCUUCUACCAGGAUAGAAUAAAAACACGGCUAUUUUGAGCUAAGGACAGUUCUUCAAACUUACGUUGAUAUAAUUUGAAGAUUAUCAACACAUAUUGAAUAUGUAUCCCGCUUAUGGAUCUAACAGUCAACGGGAUAAUUUUAGUUCAUCUCAAACCAAAUACAACACAAGUGGAUCCAGUUAUGUUACGGAACCCACAAAUUAUUCUAAUUACGUCGGCAACUCUUCAGAUAAUUACUCGUACUAUCAGCCUUCUCGUGAUGCUGGAGCCUCCUCAUCCCAAACAAAUUAUAAUUAUGAAAGGAAUAUGGCAGAUUAUACUUUAGAAUACAAUUCACCAGCAUACAGCACUAACAAUACGUAUGGUAACAAAUGUUCAGAUAACAGCCAAUACAAUCCGUCAUACACUAAUGCUUUGUAUUCGGCUGUUGAAGCUAAUAUGCAAGAAAGUUCAGCUCACAAAGAAAGAAACAUGAAACAACAUUGGGUUAGGCGUGAUUUCCACCGCCAAGCAGCUCCUUAUGCGGGAGAAAAAGGAAGCAACCUUCUUCAAAAAAUGGGCUGGUGUCCAGGUGAAGGACUGGGUAAAAGAAAAGAUGGUUCUCUUGAACCGCACUUGCCAUUCAUUAAAAUGAACAAACGUGGCUUCGAUAUAGACAAAACGAUAGAAAAACCAAAAACCUUCCGAAUGGCUCAAAAGCCUGGUUUUGGUUUUCGAACUAAGCCUGUUGUAAAAAAGUUAGUAACCGAAGGAAAACAUCCCAUUUCAAUCCUAGGGGAGUAUUGCAGUAAGCAAAAGUGGGAGCCACCUAUCUACCGAGCUGUUGUUGACGAAGGACCUGUUCACGCUAAAAACUUCGUGUUCAAGGUGAUCGUCAAUGGGAAUGAGUAUGAAGCAACCACGGGCAGCAACAUAAAGAAAAACGCUAAAGCUGAGGCCGCCAAUGUGUGUCUUCGAAAGUUCAACAUUCUGAAAGACUAAAGUGAAGUCGACUAUAAAUAAAGCGGAUAGAUAUCUAAAAAAAAGUUGCCAUGCUUACUGAUUAACUACUCACUCUGGCAGUCAUCAGCAAAAUCAAAUGCGAGCCGGGCUCGAUCGAAUUCAAUAAGUAUUAUGAUAUCUUAGGUUAAGUCCCACAAGAAUUAUGUACAGACUUUUCUACCCCCAUUUCUGACGAACAAAAAGCGAAUUUCUCAAUGGUAUGAAUACUAUGGUUUGACUUUCAGUAACUAUACCUACUGCGCAUUUGUUUCAUCAUAUAAAUAAGCCAUGUAUAGCAACGUUUUGUGUUUCGUUACCCAAGAAUCAUGUAAAGCAUUUUAAGAACUUUGAAUCAGUAGAGUACAACAUUCGAACUUAUCACACCAAAAGGUUAAAUUUACUGUGCCUUUGCUAAACGCUCCGAAAUGUCUUUCCAGUUAACGACA